AAGGAAAAUAUCUUCACUUUCAUAAAAAAUAGUAAGAAAUUGUACAUGAACACAUACGUUUUGUUAUGUACAGUUUCAGACCUACAUUAACCAAAAAAAACAAAUAAUAAUAAAACCGAAAAAUUAAUUUGUCUUUAGACGCAAGCUUUACAAACUCAUUCAUUAUUUUUUUUCCUUUGCAUAUAAGUUCAUUAAAUAUUGUGUGAAAAUUUUAAAUAGUGUUACCUAUGCGCUCAGUAAUUUUAUGCUACUGAUACUGAUAUUGUCUUCAUCUGUAUUUAUAUGUCUAACAUAUUGUAAUAACAUAUAUUUAUGCACAUAUGUGUUCAUAAUAUUUAAACUUUAUAUUACAAAAUAACAAUUUAAUGUAACGGGAUAUAUAAUAUAACUGCAUAUAAAACGGUUAUACUAUUAAAAUAAAACAUCCUCGAAACAAUUGUUAAAAAUUGUUAAAACAUCAACAUUAACAACAACAAUAUAAUAAAAUUAAAAUAAAAUACAAAAAAAAAAUAACAAAAACAAAAAUGGCAACAAAAUUAUUGCAACAAAUUUUAUGUGCAACAUUGGUUUUUGGAUUAUUCAUAAUGGAUUUAUAUGUUAAUGGACAAAUUGAAGGAUAUGAACCUGGUAUAGAUUAUCCAGCAUAUGAUACAGUUCCAAAAGGAUUAUCAUUUUCAUGUCAAGGACGUUUACCAGGUUAUUACGCUGAUGUUGAAACCCGUUGCCAAGUAUGGCAUUGGUGUCUUCAUUCUGGUCAUUCAUAUUCAUUUCUUUGUCCAAAUGGUACAGUUUUUAAUCAAGCUGUACGUGUUUGUGAUUGGUGGACAAAUGUUAAUUGUCCUGCAUCUGAACAAUUAUAUGAUAAUAAUGAUGAACUGUAUAGAGAUGCAUUAUCAAAAAUUAAUAAUAGAACAACAUCAAAAAUAAUAAAAAAAAUUAAAACAUCAUCUAAAGAUUCAUUAAUAAGAUCACAAUUAAUAUCAAUACAAUCACCAUCACUAUCAUCAUCAUCAUCAGUAUUUAAUCGUAAUAAUCAAAAUAAUAAUAAUAUUGAAAUUUCAACUAUAAAAUCAUCAAAAAUAAAUCAUAAUGUAGAUAAAAUACGCCGGGGGCGUAAAAGACUGCAUCAAAAACCAAAUUCAUCAAUAGAACCAAAUACAAUAAACAGCCAGUACAUUCAUAAUAAUAAUAAUAAAAAUUUAAAUGAUAUUAGUAAAAAUAAAUUUAGUAAAGUAACAAUUUCUACUUCAUCAAUACCAGAAAUUUUAUUAACAACAACAACAGCAGCAACAACAACAACUACUAUUACAACUAUAGCACCAAAAUAUACAAGAAUAAUGCAAAAUAAUUUUAGAGGUACACACAAAUACUACAAUAAUAGUAAUAAAUCAUCCCAAAGUAAUAAGAAUAGAAUAAAUACAAUUAAUAAUAGAAAAUAUAAAAUUAGUAAAAAUAAAUCCCAUAAAAAUAGAAUACAUUCAGAUUAUUAUGAUGAUGAUUUA